CCAGGCCAGUCCAUUACGCACACAAAAGACAAAACAAAAGCCCGUGUUGGGAAAAAUGAGAUCCGUCAGCACCCAAAGGACACAACAAUAAGUUCCCAUCUGGCAGCAUCACACAUGGACCAGAGCCUGGGACGACGACAAUCAUUUAUUUAACUCCAAAAAACAUCUCUCUCUUUCUCCAGCAAGCAGUUUUCCACCAAGCUGCGUUUUGCUCAGAUCUGAUCCAGGUGGUUUGAUUUUCUCCUGUGGUGUCUGUGUGGAGCGUGCCACACACCCACUCCACAACAACGACGGCUUUUGCUUGCAUCUUCCAGUGUUUCUUCUGUCAGCAAGUCCAGCAGAGCUGCAACUCUUCCAGUGCCAGCCCUGACACCAGUGAGGAGCCCUGCCCCACUGACAUGGUGAAGAUGACCAAGUCUAAGACCUUCCAGGCUUACCUGCCAUCCUGCCACCGCACCUACAGCUGCAUCCACUGCCGGGCACACCUGGCCAACCACGACGAGCUCAUCUCAAAGUCAUUUCAAGGCAGUCAAGGAAGAGCCUAUCUGUUUAAUUCAGUGGUGAACGUCGGCUGCGGGCCAGCGGAGGAGCGGGUACUCCUCACAGGUUUACAUGCAGUGGCUGAUAUCUACUGUGAAAACUGUAAAACCACCCUCGGUUGGAAAUAUGAGCACGCGUUUGAGAGCAGUCAAAAGUACAAAGAGGGAAAGUUCAUCAUCGAGCUGGCUCACAUGAUCAAGGACAACGGAUGGGAGUGACGCUCCAGCCACGCUCUGUCUUUUUUCUGACCUUGGAAUGCUCUUUAUUGAACUGCGUGGAGCGUCAACCAUCGACCCCCCCGCCCCUCCCAACCGCCCCGCCCACCCCCUCCCUACCACUGCCACCUCCCUCACAAAAACACUCCACAAACCUCCUCCACGUGCGCACACCCACCUGCUCAUCGUGAAACUGAACAGAGCGAAUGACGUAAAAAAAAAAAAAAACGACGACGAGGAAGCGGAGCAGCUGUUGAAAAAUCACAUCACAGGAGUCCUGUCGUUACUUUAAAGAUUGUGUGUCCUCCUUCGCAGCUCCGGAGCUUUUGGGUUUCACCCUGGCCCUCUCACACUCACCCCCCCGCCCCCACCAAACCACGCUUUCAAGUGAUUGUGGUGAUAUGGCGACCACUAUGCGAAAGGAGAUAGACUUCACUGAGAGGACAUUUCUUGUUUUCUUUAUUUCGCCCAUCCAGCAAGACAAAGACUUUGAUGACUUUCAUUAUUUUAAUGUUAUUUGCUAUAGUUUUAACUUCUGGGUUUGGUAAGGUUUUGGUUUGAUGGCAGAUGGAUGUUACUGGUUAGCAUUUUAUUUCCCUGUCAUGUCUGUCGUGUUUUGUUUUGCUUAUUUGUUUUUGUUUUUUUUUUUGGCUUGUUGUGUCUCUGCCCU